GAGGCUGACUUGUUGGUCAAGCCCAUGGGAGGACGGAUCGGGGAUAUAUUCAGGACUGAGACGGAAGAAGCCACUGUGAUGAUGAGGACGAAAAAGAGGAGACAACUUUGCAUCCUUCUACCCAACAAGCAGCACCUGGACUGUACCGUCGGGGUAAAAGCCAGAGGCCGUGAGGUGUUGAGCAGUGUGCUGGGGCAGCUCCGCGUCAGCGAUCUCCACGUCUUCGGCCUGGCUGUUCUCAGAGAUAAUGAAUAUCUCUUUCUUGAUUUGGACCUGAAGCUGAGCAAGUACUUUGGCAAAAGAUGGAACAAAGGCUCAACAACAGUCCCAUUCAUCAUAUUUCUGAGGGCGCAGUUCUACGUGGAGAAUGGGCAGCUGAUAUCGAGCGGCAGAGUGCGGCAGCUCUACUACACUGAGCUGAGGCAGAAGGUGCUGCGCUCGCAGAGCCGCCAGCAGGAAGCUUUGUUCUUCCAGCUGGCGGCUUCCGCGCUCCAGGCUGAGGUCGGAGAUCUGGAGCAGGGAGAGGGGAACGAAGAGGAGGAAGAGGGAAGACGGCGGAGAAAACACAGACGUUACUUUCUUCCUGAAGAUUACUUCCCCACCUGGCUGAUAAAGCGUCGAGGACGAGACUUCCUGCUCCUGCACUGCCCUGUGCUGCACGGUGAACUGAGAGGUGUGUCGCGCGGCCGGGCGAUGCUGCAGUUUAUCAAAGAGGCCGGCAGGCUGCAGGAUGGACCGCUCACUUUCUACAGGAUGAGACGGGAGAAAAUUGAGCUGAGAAGUUCGAUCCUUCUCGGCGUGGCUGUGAAAGGAGUCCACAUUUAUGAGGAGGUGGGAGGGAAACUGUGUCUACUGCAUGAUCUUUCUUGGGCCGACGUCGAUCGCUUCACUUUCCAGGGUAGCCGCUUUGUGCUCGCUGCAGUCGGGUCUCUGUGUCUCCCUAAGCUGGUGUACUACACUCACUCGGCCUUCCACUCCAAACACGUGCUGAGGCACCUCAGCGACAGCCACCGGCACCACAUCAACACCAGAGAUGCAGUCGUCUACAUCCAGCAGCUGGAAGACAUGCAGGCGAGUCACUUCUACAGAGAGGCCUACAUCUGUGACACAGCAUGCUUGAGACAGAGGCUUCAGAGCGGCAGCCUCACGUCCUCCAUGUCAGACUCCAGUGUUGCAGUGGGAACAAGAACAGCCUGGUCCAAGGAGGAGGAUGAGGAGGAGGAGAAGGAAGAUGAAGGCUCUGUCACAGUGGCAGAGCUGGAGUCGUGUGUUGACGAACAGGAGGAGGUUUUUGUUGAUAACCCAGCGGAGGUGUCCUGGCUGGCUGAGCUGAUCCACGGCGUGUCUGUCGAUGGGCCGCUAGUGUUACCCUCUUCUUGGACAGCUGUCACCACGGAAAUGAAGCAGGUUCUGAGGACGAGAGCAGAUGAAGGGGUUUCUGUGGACUAAUGUUCAGCCAACAGUUAAGACGAAGAAAAACGAUUUUUAAAAUGGCACAUAUUUUUAAAGUUUUAAUGAUUUCAUGCUUCCUCGGAUUACGUUAAUGCAUUGUUUGAAAUAUGAUUUAAAGACAGAAAUAUAUACAAUUUCUAUAACUAGAUUUAACUUAAAUUUUCCAAAUGAUACGCAGUUGUUUGUAUUUAUUAUUUGUUAACUUGUAUCCUCAAUAUAAAAACAACGAACAAGAUCUGGUGUAGGAACAGAUUUUUCUUUUAUCACCAACUAGACAUAAUUUAGCAGCUAGUUAUUAUAUAUAGUGGAUUAUGGUAAAUAGGUUAUAUAGAAAUGGGUAAUAAAUAUAAAAUAAAUAUGAAACUAACAUAACAGUGUUUUGUUCCCUUUGGAAGUGUAUUAUUGAUGUUGCUCAGUGGUAUGAAGUUAUGUGGAAAUGAUUUGUUUAUACUGUUGGUGAUAUAUUGUAUGGGUUUUUUUCUUUUCCUUUAUUGGAAACAUCAUUAACAUUUACAUGAAGUAUUUCAUAUUUAUGGUCGAUUAAUAUCAACUAAUAAAGACAUAGUCAUUUUA